GUGACCGGUCGCGCCUCGGAACGACGGCGACGACGUGUCUGGCGUCGUCGUUGGUGGUGCACGUCGUUCCCCUGACGAGCACGAGAGCCGCGCGACGGCGACUCGGCACAUCCCCCGCAGUCCUCGCUACUAUGAUAAUAACGACGAGAAGCAGCACGGUGACGGCGGCCGCGGCGACGACAACGACGACGAGGAGGAGGAGGGCGACGACCACGACGACGACGACGCCGACGACGACGACGACGACGACAACGGCGGUGGCGGAACGGUGGCCGCUUUUCCUGAAACAAGAUACGCUCGGUGGAAAACUGCAAUUGACGACGGAUACUCUUCUACAUAGCGACGCUGUCUCGGCGAUGUUGUCUCGCGAUUGUGGCCGUCGCGUGGUACACGAGAACGACAACGGCAACCCCAUCAGCGGCAGCUGCACAGCAAUCAUCGCGUCGGUGCUGCCGUCCUACUAUUAUUAUUGCCAGCGUAUCGCUAUUAUUGGCAUCGUAGCCUCAUUGCUCAUCGACCACGACGUCGGCGAGGACGAUUUGUUGACAGCGACACGAGUUCCGGAGCGACGACUGGACGACACGCACACGGCCAGUGGCAACGAGGUAGCAGCCACGUCGAGCAGUGACGAUCGUCUUCUUCUUCUCAACCGCCGGAACGGACUUGUACGUUAUUGCGCGUGACCAUGAGCCUCGCUAUUACUCUAGCCGAAUCGGCGAUACGCGCCGGAAAGUGGUGACGAUGUUGAUGAUGAUGAUGAUUAACGAGGUUGCGUGCGAACGUUAAUUCGCAGGUCGGCUUCUCGUAACGCAACGCAACGCAACGCGACGCGACCGACAGUGAGUCCAUCACUGAUAAUAACGCCAAGUACAACAGUCAUUUUCCCCGCGCCGAUCGAUCGUCAUCGCGCGGCAGCGCCGGUACCCAGAGAAAACACAGUGUGUUACAAGCGCGAGCAGGAGCACGUAGGAACACUCGUGUCACGUACGGUCAUCGGCCAGUGUACACACCGCGAGCGGGAGGGUGUUGGACCGGGGGUCGAAGGAGCGAGGUAUCGCCGAUCCAGAAUAAGCCGCGCGAUAAGAACGCUUCGCCACGGCUACUAACCUGUGACAGACUGUAAACAGGAUUUCUCUUGGACAAGAAAGAUAAAAGGGCAAACGUGUUCGUUAACCUUACCUUCAAACUUUUGAUUGGCGCGUAAUAAACACGUAAUUCACACACACACACACACACACACACACAAACACACACACACACGACACACUGAUAUACGUACAUGUGUAUUUAUAUGCGUGUAGAUGCGACACGUAUCUCGCGUUUGUAUAUUAUACGUGAUAGAGAGACAUAGUGAGCAAAGAGCAGGGAGAUAAGGAGAACGGAAGACAGAGAAAAAAAAAGACAGAGAGAGAGAGAGAGAGAGAAAGAUAGAGGGGAAGAGAAAGAGAGAGAAAGAAAAAAAAGAGAGAAAAAGAGGAUUAUUAGUGCAGGCGUGCGGAGGACAGUAGCCUGCGUGCCGUAUACGAGACAGUGUAUCUACACGAGCCGGCGCGUUUCAUCGUGAAGCAGCAUAACUUUCGCACGGAUCUCUACAUGCCAUAUUGAGUGCACCGCUCGACCGACAUUAGGGACAAAUCGGGAGAUCGAGUCGAGCAAACGGGGAUCCCCGCCGACCAUGUCGCUGCUCAGCGUAACGGUGAAGAAAGCGCGGUUCGUCUGCGAGGAUGCGGAUCAAUUCAAUUCCUAUGUAACGUUGAAGCUGCAAAAUGUGAAGUCAACGACAGUCACUGUGAAAGGGGCCAAUCCAUGCUGGGAACAAGACUUCCUCUUCGAAACGAAUGACAUGAAUGCCGGGCUCGUGGUGGAGGUAUGGUGCAAAGGAUUCUUGUGGGACCGUUUUCUGGGCUACUACUAUAUUCCAUUGUCCGAGGUGUCCUACAUGAACGAGGUAACGAGAAAUCAGUCCAACUUAAGUUGUACAGCGGAAGUACAGGAUCGGCAAUCCGAACUGCACACGUCCGAUAUAUGUGACACCAACAGUAACACACAGCCAGACAUCGUCACUGAUACGGAGACUACUGGACAGUGGGUCAGUCUCGGGCUGGAAUUGGAGCAGAGGGGCAACGAUAUCGUCGGCACGAAGAAACCGACGGGCCAUUCGCUUCUGAUCGACUGCCGGCUGGAACUACCGUUUGAGUCUGACCAAUCAGGAAAGCGCGUACAACGAACUGGAUGGAAAGCCCUGCUAACGAGCAAAACAGCAAUGCAGUUGCGAGCAGCCCGGCCCAUGUGUGGCUCAGACCCCGAGAACACGGAGGCGGCCGAUCUGCAGAGGAAGCUGGAAAUGCUGAACAACAUGAUGGACCAGGAGGCGCGGGCCGAACAGGCACGAAGGCAGAUAUUGUACAAUAUAGGCCACUCGGGAUACUCGGAGGACUCUGACUACACGUCGGAUUUGAAUUAUCCAGUAGGUGGACAGGGUGCGAACAGCUCGGCCUCGCAGUUUCGUACGGCGGCUAACCAAUUGGCUACACCUCAAAGGUCCCUCGAGACGUCGAGAGAAAAUAGUUACGAGAGAGACGAUCAUCAGAUUCCAGUCACCGUCGGAGGAAGGCUGGCACCUGGUAAUUACGGAGGUUACGGAGGUUCGGGCCACAGUCCGAGGUACGAUGAGCCAUAUCCGGAGGAUGGUCUACCGCAGCGAUACCUGCAGCAUCCUUCAGAGUCUUCCGAGCCACUCUUCUACAACAGUAGACCGAAGCACUAUAAAGAAUACAGACGACGGAAGCAUACGUGGGAUUACGAGGACAGCCAAGACGGCUGGUACAGCGAGGGUACAUAUGAUUAUCCUGGCACGAGGGUCGAUGAUACGAGAAUUUAUAGCGAUAAUGAAUAUUACUCAAACAACACGACGACUACCGCAAGAAGACCGAGAGGGAAAGCAGUUCCGUAUAGGAGACCGUCUCUGGAAAGACAGAUGACCCUAUACGACGAUCACUCGUAUUACGCUGAUGGAUAUAGCAGCGACGGUAAAGUGGGUAAAAUGAGCGCCACGUAUCCAGAAUGCGAGACGGAUAUUAGGUAUAACGAAUACUACGAUACCAUAACGGGAUAUGUCUAUCAGGAUGAAAGAUAUGGUCAGGAUGACGAGGAUAGACAGUGGGACAGUGGAGGGAAACGAAUCUUGGGAACAAGUACGUACUAUGAAAAUAAACGAAACAGAAAAACGCUUCCACAGAGACCGGCUUCGAGCAUCGGUAUACACCGGCCGGAUUACAGACCCACUGUUAUCAGGCAGCGUAGCUACGAAUCGGAAGAGCUUGACUAUAACGGAUAUAAUACUCGUCGCCGGAAGAUCUUGCAGCCGCAGCAACGUCCGAUGUCGCGGCAGGAGGGCGGCACCGGUAAGAAACUACCUCCGACCCCGACCAAGCCGAGCAACGUGGUGAUCAACCGUAAGCUCGCCUCUCUGCCCGCUACGCCGAGCAGACAACUGCCAAAGACCAGAACGCCCUCCGAAGAGAGCUACUAUAAAUCCGACUAUAACGAGGACUAUAAUUACGCUUAUCGUAGUCAGGACAAUCUGCCGCAGGACACGUAUACGGAGAACAUUUAUAGCCAGCAGCAGAGCGGCCAAACCGAUCCCGCCAACAAGACUCUGUAUCCCGAGAUAAAUCAGGAUACUCAGUAUAGCUACACGACGCAGGUCGAUGGUCAGUACAGUCAGUCGUAUUCAGAGCAACAUGCACAGAAUAGCUACGAGCAACCGACGGCGUACACGCAACAGAAUUCGUACAAAGACGAGUAUCAACAACCUUACGUGCAACAGAACACUCAGACGUAUCAGGAACCGUAUAUGGACACGACAUAUCCAAUCGCCAGCCAGGCGAACGAUCAGUACGCGAAUCAGGCAAAGAAUCAGUACGACAAGCCCGACGGUAUGAUAAUCGAAGACAGUUAUCACGAAAUGGGUUUCAAUCAGAACAACGUUCAGUAUCAGCAAUCGGAUUACAAGCAACAGGACAUUUAUCAGGAACAAUACGACGAUUACAAUACCACCGUACCGACGAGUGUUUACGAUCAAAAUAACGUCACUUAUAAUCAAUCAGCCGAAUAUAAUAGUCAGCCGGAGCAGUAUGAUUCUCAGUACAAUAUCAAUACGUCGACCGAUUAUCAGAAGACUUAUCAAGAGACGUAUAAUCAAGUGCCUGUUACGUCGCAGGAUAAUUAUCAGGAAUCCUAUACGAAGCAGCCGCAGGAAGAUUUCGUAAAUUAUCAAACGCCGUACAAUAAACAGAAUGAUGUGCCUACGACGUAUAAGAACGACUAUCAGGAAACUUAUCCUACCUACGAUGAGUAUCCAGACUCGUAUCAAGAGUCCUUCGAGGAUCAGCGUUACAAGGAGGAUUCGAUGACGGCAACAGACAGAAGACAGAGCGAAGUGCCUGAGCUAUCCGUGACCACGCCACGAGGUCAGACGAGAACGAAUGGUUAUCCGCCGAGCGAAUCGGAAUAUCUCUAUCAGUCUCAAGAGAACGAGGACGCGUUGAGUAGCUCCAGAAGAAAGAAGCUCGGUAGCAAGCGCGAAGCUAGCCCGCUUCUUCAGCAAAACACAGACUCGCUCGAAUCGAGGGACGACGAGCUAAAAGACUCUUUCGAGACCGCCAUCAGCUCCGUUGCUAGUAGUCAACACAAGAAGGCAUACAGCGAAUAUUCGACGGCGGGUGACUCGAGUCCCGCGCCUGCCACCUUGGUGGAGUCUCCCCAGAACAUCGCUCAAUCACAGGCAACGACCAUGGUCAAUCAUGUGCCGACCAAUCAUGUAACCACCACAGCGGUGGUCCACACAAAUAUUAUGAACGGAAAGCGACCAUUAGCCAGAACAGAUUCCUAUCAGGAGGACGUUCUCGAGGACGAAGACUAUCCGGAGAUUAUUCCCAAAGAGACACAGAGAAAGGAUUCGCAACAGUCACAUCAGAAUCAGCACUCUCAGUCAACACUCUCGCAGAAACCAAAACUUACGAGAGGGGACUCUUACAUCUCAGAUAAUUACACUGAAGAAUCUUACAGUCGUAGAGAAUCGUACGCUCAACUGCCCACUGAAGGAUUCAAACCGCCUCUCACCAGGACCGAUUCGUAUCAGCAGAGAGAAUUACGAGGCAGCAAUUAUGGAGGACACUAUACUGCGCCGCAGCCUAUUUCCAGAGCGGAAAGCUAUCAACGUGGUCACUUUAAGGAUCAAGAGUCAAUGGAUCAGAGCGAUAUUGUCCUGAGUAAUGCGAUGAACGGUGACUAUUCGAUGCGGGAUGAGACUCUUGAGAGGUACGAACGGGGUGAGGAAGCCUUGCUUCGUAACUCUCGAGAGGACUCGCUGGAUCAGUACAAAGGGACUCCGACUUUGUCGCAUAUCGAAAGCCCGCGCGGGAGUAUAAUAAAGCAGGCAUCGUUAGAUGAAAGCGUUCAGAUGGAUACUCCGCCGAGGAGUCCGCCGGAACCGCCUGUCGACGAAGAACUUCUCGGAAUGGUCGCGCCCGUACCCACGCAGCUUAAGGAACGUCCAGAGAUGACGGCGAGGCAGCGGUGGCAUUGGGCGUACAAUCAGAUCAUCAUGCAGCUAAACGUGAGUACCACAAUUUUGUCAUUCGUCCCGAUAAUUGUAUUUAUGCGAUACGCGACAUUACUGAUUGCGACAGGUGAGUCCUAUUUAUACACAAUGCUCUGCCAUUAAUCAUUAUCGUGUCAAAACAUAUAUUAUUACAAUGAUAAAUAUUCAUUUGCGACUCGAAUAUUCCUAAUAAAGGAGUACGAUUGUACAUUGCUACAAAUCGUCUCUGCUUCGAGGUGUAUCAGUUAAUGAUACAAAGCAAAGCUUGACUUCCGCAGUAAGAUAUUUUUUAUUAUAGAAGAAUUUAUAAGAUAAUUAUAGAAUAAUUAUAGAAUAAUUGUAGGAUUAUUAUAGAAGAAGCCUAGGUAUUUUUUAUUGAGAAUUGAUUCAAGUGUCAUAUAUGUCAAAUGUAAUUGAGAAAAAUGUGAUUUACUUUCCCCAUUAUUACUACACAACUUCCUUCUGUCACACUCAUUGAAAUCCUAGAAAUGCACUUUAACCACAGUUUACGAUUACGAUCGGAAUAAUCAGCGUUUAAGCGUGUGUAAAGCUUGAUGACCGGCCGCAGGCAUUAGAAUAUAUCGGCCGAGAGUGUAUCGAGAAAUGUGUGAAUGCAUAGACGUGAGUGUAUGCGCGCCAAACGAAGCAAGGCCAAUAAUUAAAUAUUCAUGAGGCGCGGUGCAAUAUGCCUGAUAUUUACUUUUAUCGUAGAAACUUUUUUUUUUAUCGCUAAUAAUGCAGCGCUCACUAUGAGGAUUAUAACGAGUUUAGUUUUAAAAUCGUUGGAAAUCGUGAAAAAUUGAUGAGCUCACAUGCGAAAUGGAUUCGCGGUGGGUUUUUAUAAUUCCGCGUCUAUUCUGACAGCUUUUUUGACAGCAUAGUUGGUCAUUUUUUGAAAACUCGAUUUUAAUCGUAUAAGAAUAGCUGAAAGCUUGAUUAUAGAACAAAAAACGCGAUUUAAUAUCAGUUUAACUGGUUGAAACGAACCGGUCAUAUAUGGGUAAAUGAAAGAGGAAGAUAAACUAAGAAAAAUAUUGACGAACAUUGAAAGGGAGCAUCGGUAGUGCGGUCCUAAAGUGCUGGCAGUUCUGAAAGGGGUUAACAGUGUUGUGUGACCACCUUGUGACGGUUCACUUAAAUAGUUUCGAAAUUUGAUACAUUCGGAGGGUAGCGUGCACGUCGACCGAUAAAAUCCGCAUUUUCUUUGCGUUACUUUGGAGGGUUGCCUCCACCUUUUGUAUAUACUCGCCACGAGUGAGUGUCCCUGAUAUAUACCCACCCUUUUAUGUUGGGAGAAAAAAAGGCGGAUAUACAACACAACGCAGAACACAGUAGAUAGAUAUAUAUAUAUAUAUAUGUAUGUAUAAAAACGUCUGAGAUAUUUAAAAAUACUUUUGCUCGUGAGAGAUUCGCACACAAAUGUGCCUAGAAUAAAGAAGAGUUAUGUAGAACUACGUAUUUAAAAUUACGUAUUUUAAAUUUAAAAGUAUCGUUUUUGUAUAUAUAGAAACAUAUUUUUAUGCAGGAUUUUUAUCCAUUUAAGAUAAUAGCAGCCUGUUAAAAAAAAGAAACGUAGCAAAAUCGAAUUUCAAUAUUGGUUUUGAGGUUUGCAGAAUAGUUUUUACAUCCAACAUUAAAACGGGGUCAAGCGUUUCUCGGGAAAACUCAUCUCGGGACAGUAUUCGUGUUCGGGAAAUUAUAGAGGGUUGCUUCUCAUGCCGCUAAUUACGUUUCUCACUCGGCGAAACGUGCAGAUCCCGCUGGUUUGUCUCGUGCAAUUUGAUCAAAGACACAUUACAUGCGGAUGCACAUAUUACAUUCUAAUGCCUAAUGGUAACAGCGCGUAUAAGUUCCGUCAGAUUACACUCGAUGCAAACCGAACACACGAGUUUACUUCGUAUCGCGCAAGAGUUGUCCGAUCGAUUUAUCAAGUCCAUACGAAGUAAAGACGCAAACGCAGACUCUUGUGCGUAUAUACUUUCAAUUUAUCUUAAGGAAUAGCCGAGGACAUUAUCUUUAACGUUACAAAUUCGUCUUCCUCGUGACAAUUUGCCAGACCAUUUGGCCGAGGGCACGGGAACUCACGUGGCGUUUUCUUUCAUUUUUUUUUCGUUAAGGGCCGUCCAUCGAGAAAUGGACGUAAUUCUUUAUCGUCACGAUGCUAUUAGGGAGGACGCACAAAACGCGUGACGUAAAGGUUUAUGUUGGCAAUUACCGUGGAUCGGCCCGCGGUGAUUUUGGUGAAUGCUUCGAUAUUGGGGCAAGUGAGCGUUCACGAUGGGAAGUCGAUGGUUACAUUCGGCAUUGAAAGGGCGAUGGUGCGGCACACACCACAAAAUUCUCGCCGAAUUGAGGAACGAGCAGCACGCCCGAAUGCUUCGAAACUAAACGAGCAAACCGGACAGCUCCGCUGACCGUAAACUCCUUGCGGCUUCCGUGCUUUGUGAGGCUCGCCUCCGAUAUAUGAGGAGGGAAGCAAAGCUUAAGGUAGCGUCGCCGAUACUGCCAGACUCGAUAGUUUCCGUCGCGUUGCAUUAUAGAAGACAACGAGACAUCUUACGACCUGCCGGUGCAUGCCCAUAAAGCCGACGAGUGAAUACUUUCGUGGCAAUGCCUCCCUUGGAGUCAUACGUGAAGAUUAAGAACCUCCGAUGAGGAACGAAUUAAUACGUUGCCUCGCGAAUGUCUCCCCUCUCUCUCUCUCUCUCUCUCUCUCUCUCUCGGGAAAUCGCGUUAUUAAGAAUUAUAAAAUAGCACAAACACACAGUUCACGUUGUGCCGGCGACACGCGUAUAAUAAAUUUUAUCUUGCAUUUGAUAAAUUUACUUAUUUAAGAAGAUUAACGGUCGCGUGAUGAAGCUUUAUUCUUAUCAAAUUAAUGGGGCUGAUUAAAAAAGGAGUUAAAAAAUGCCGCGAUAUAAAUGAGAUCUAUCGAGUUAAAGGCUUGGAAGAAAGAUGGAGAGGAGACGAUCUAUAAGAUAUACCUAUCGUGCGACAUUACGUUGCAUAGCCUCAGCCGUUCGUUUUAUUGCCAGCCAUCAAGGCGUUCAUCGAUAACCUCGAAUUGCCGUUACGAGAACUACCACGUAAGCACCGGACAAAGACGGCGGCGUUACGCGAGACAAUCGACCGAUCGAACCAGAGCGGAGCGACUGACCGAACUCGUACAAUUCGCUUGUUCCGAAGUAUCGGCGGCGCGGAUCAUCAUUAUUUAACCGUGGUCGGUUAACACGACGUGUUUCAAACUGAUCUCAAUCUUAUGUAAAUGAUUUCUGAGGGCGGGGAACAUCGGAUGGUUUCCCAGGCGAGAUACCGCUCGAGCGCCCCAGAGAAGAUCGCCCGACCAGAAUUAUCUAAUUGGAAUUCUCCCGCGAAUAACGCGUCUCGUCGAUCGCCGGCGAAACUAUCGACCGACCGGCGGCAGGUUAUUCUUGUUAUUGCCUUUCCGUCCACUCGCACGUCGAGAUGCUUCUGUAUGCACGUUAUCGGAGUGAAACUGAAUAUAACUCGACCGGUGGAGCGGUUUAAAAGUAUCACUGUCGAAGUUUCGCAACGGUCUCGGACCUCCAACUUCGAUCGUUGCGGAAAUAGUAUCAUCCAGCGGCGCGGGGAGAUAGCGAGCGAAAUCUGUGGAUUUCAUUUCGAAAGCGUGCUACUAAUUAGACGAUUAGUCAUAACACGCGACUCCUCGGUUAAGAGGUAGAAUUUUCUACUUUUGCUCGUAACCGCCGAAGGAGGCCAUCGAAAAUCAUUAGCAUCGUUUAGAGAUUUUGUAUAUUUUCAGCGCGGCCAAUGAAACGGUACGACGAAAUCGCUCGAUAUCGUGGAAUUGGGUGACCUGGCGUUGGUUUACUCGCGACGAGAAAUAAUUCGCAAUCGAUAAAUCUUUCCGCCACACGAUUUCCUUCCCACAAUUCCGACCGACGCGACGAUCUAACUACUCCUCGUUGAAAUUCAUUCGCUCGCGAACACAUUUGGCCUCGCACUUUUGCCUCGAACGGAACUUGCGCAUUUCGAGCGACGACGUAUGGAACAUCGCGUCGUAAACGCCGUUCGUUCGGUGUGCGAGCGAAAGAAGCCGUACGCGGAAAAUUCUUGUUGUGAUUUACGAGGUCGCGCGGAAGCUAUGACAGAGAGCUUGUUCCUCAUGCAUUUAUUUCCCGCUUAAUUAAUUAUUCCCAUCGAGCGCCAAGCGCGCGCUAGUUAAUUCAACGUUCUUGCAUCUUUGCGAUUGUUGACUCCGUUUCUUCCCCGCUUUAUCUGCCGCACAGUUCUCUCUUCCUUCAUCCUCCAUCUCACCAAAUAUACUUAUAUAUAUACAUAAAGAGAGAGAAUAUAUUUGUGUGCUUGUCGACGCGCUGUAUUAAUAUUAAUGAAACACCCUUCGCGGAAAUUAAAGUGAAAAUUACCAUUACUUUAACAUUCCGCGCUGUUUUACAAGGCGUUUCGUUUUGCUUUGUGAAGGGGAGCUUGGCUUCAUCGAACAUAAAUUUCUUACUCUUCUACCUCGAAUUGCCCAUCGAGACGUUCAUUUGAUAAUAAAUAAUAUCGCGAACGCUCAACCCUUUUACUCACCGAGAUCUCAUUAAUUAUCAUUAGGUGUUCACUGCUCCGGACAGCGGAACAAGCCCUCGUGCACUUCGAGACAAGUUCUCUAAUCGAGAACAGGUGUUCUCGUGUACGCGCUCGCUUACCCGGGAUUCCGGGUAACUGACGGCGUCGUCGAAUCCUCGCACGAUGAGCAACAAAGUGCAGACGAGCGUGGAGUCUCAAGAAGUGAAAAGUAAAAGAGCAGCUGACGUGUAAUGCUCUUUGGAAGUGGGACGGCGAGAUUUUCUCUAACAACACGCUUUAAGGUCCGUGCCUUUCCGGAAAUAGCGGGGCGGUCGGUAGUUGUCUUUCACGUACCUUAUCUCUCGACUCUUUUUCCCCACCUACAUAUUGAGUCGCUCAUCUCUUCGGCUCGUUUCGGAGCUUCUUACGAACGUGUCUCGCUUUCCCGACGAGUUGCGCCGAUUUCAUAUGCUUUUAAGUGCUUUCCACUGUAGGCCCCUAACUUUCGGAAAACCCAGUAUCCGCUGCGUUUCACCCCAAAUUUUAAUCCCUACGUCUACCAGAGUUUCUCGCUACUCGAAGUGAUCGAAUUGGACUCUCGUCGAGCAAUAUCUUAGCUUCCUUUGUAAGAGACUCUGUAAAGCAUCUCUUUUUUUUGUUUCUUUCUCUCUCUCUCUCCCCCUUCUUUCCUCCUCCUUCCGUCCAAUUUAUUUAUCGUUCUCUCGAAUAAACAUGGAGCUGCACGACUUGGCUUGAAUCUUCCAAACGAUCGGGGGCAAGCUUGUUGCGUUUUGACUCUUUGGCCGUUUUCCAAGCACACAACCCUCAGGCUGCUUCGCCUGCUAAGUAAUUGAAGGGGCGUCCGAUCGAUCACAACCGAAAAUGCUGACUCGUCGUUACCGGCAGACCGGGAAAUAAGCGAGACAGUUGUCGUACCGAUCGGAAGCGAGAACAUCCAACUUAUGACUUUGUUACGGAGACAACAGACGUCCUCAAAUUCACGAGCUGCGACAUCUGAAUGACCGCAUAGUACUUUUGCCCGAGUCCAUUCAUCGCGGCACUUCCGAAUGUCUCGUAUUGUUUUUUUCUCGUAUAAAAGUGCGCCCGACAUAUUUAUUGUCACUUUUACUUUUCCGCAAUGUUCGUUGGAUGAAAUGGGAGUACACUAAAGCUGACCUAAAGUUGAAUGAAAUAAACUUCAUUAUCAUAAAUUAAAUUUACAUAGAUGUUGAUCAAUUACAUGCACCGGUGAGCACAUUUAAAUAACUGAACGCCGGUGUUUGCUAUCAUAUCAGCAGCUCGUACGCAAAGUAAAUUUUGCAUUGUGAUUAUACAUGGUUAAGAUGUAAAAUAGAAGACGAAAACGUAUGUAAAUUGGUACUAGUGCUUUUUGAAAGUUUUACUCGAAUAUCGCGAGAGAGGAAAAGAAAGAAUUUAUUGCUGGAACUUGCGUCUGCUUGCUUCGUUUUCAAGACGGUUAAUUUCCUCUGCUAUUGUAAUUUAUUCGGUCUUUCUCUCUUUCUCUUACUAUGAAGCAACGGUACUUGUUGUUACACUGCAUUUCCGGCUUUCCGCCAGUCGGAAUCAAGUAGAGCUUGCUCUCUCUCUUUCUCUUUUUCUCUAUCUCUCUAUUUUAGUGUUUUUCUUUUUUACUCGGCCUCUUUCUCUCUCUCUCUCUCUUUCUCUCUUUUUCUCUUUUUCUUUCGCAUUUUUUAUUCGCUUUGCAAAUCUCAAGCUGACCGACCUAUCUCGUAGUUGAUAUUCAAAUUGUGUUUGUACGCAGCAGCGAAAGCGCCGAGACUUCUAUAUCCGAGCUCGAUGCUUAUCCGCUAAGCCAAGCUCCGUAUUACAGUUGAUCUUUUAUUAUCGGAAAUUGCGACAUGCGCACUCGGGAAAUUGUCUAAAGAAAUUUUCGUGAAGCUGCGUUUUCACCAAUUAUUUCUAUUUUAGCUUCGUUAUUUCUAACUGUUUAUCUCAAUGAGGCAGCUUGACAAACUAAAUGGACCGCAUAAUAACCCAAUUGCAUGAAAUAAACGCUCGUGGCAGUUUGACCGACUAAACCAACGCGAAACCGACGACGAUGAUACGAUAAAGCGGAAGCGACCACACGAAUUCAAGUAAAAAUCGAUGACUGGCUUUGACAAAGCAAAACGUCCGCCCGUUCGUGAAACAACCGUCUCCGGCCACGGGCGCGAUUGAUUUCGUGAAAAUGGGUAAUCAUUUCAGAUGCCUAAGUAACAGCGAUCCCACAACACAAGUGGCUUUCGGCCUGUUGUCGGUUUCAUAACCCGGACAUUAGCUUCAUCGAUUGUUUCGACGAACAAUUAUUUAACUGCGAUAAAUUCGAUUUGCGAGAAAUUUCCCCAGUCACAUUACACUUUCGAAAAAUAUGUAAAAAAAAUUUUCCGGCGCAGAUGAGUUUACGUGAAAAUAUUAUUCUUUAAUUUUAUGGAUAAACACAUUUCCAUCUUGAACUCUGUGUAUUCCCUAGCUGGGAUGCAUGGAAAAUGCAUCCCGGAGAAAAAUUGCCGGAUCACACAGCACCGGGCACCGGGCUGUAAACAUAACGGGUUAUGUCACCCGUUAUCUCAAUGUCUUGUAACGCACAUGCUGGAAAAUUAAUUGCGACUUCGUUGUAAUUGUUCGAGAGAUUAUUUCUGAACAGGGUACGGUUACGGUAAAUUAUUUCAUCACUACGUGUAAAAAUGUUCUUUACACGUGCGCAAGCUUCAA